AUGGCCGCAGUGCUGAGCUUCAAUCCGACUCCUAUUUUCCGAUCGGUUGCAGCUCGCAAGUCGGCGAAUGCCAACAGAGCCUUAUCCGUAAAGGCAUCGGCAAAGGCUUCGGAAAACCCUUCCGCUUCGAUAUCGGCGCCGCCUAAUUUCACGCCCCCGCAGCCGAAGCCAUUUUCCAUCAGACCGGACAGGAUUUUCGACAUCCUUGGAGCUUCGCUCGCCUUAAUCUUCCGCCUGGGCACCAGCGCCCUUGCAUCAGGGUACUCUAUAACCCUGGUGCCUGAAAACGAGAUUCCAUCCGAUCAGUACGCUCUAAAACUUGCCGGUUUCAAGGUGAAAGAAACUUCAAAGUUAGGCCCUCGCCCGGAGCAACCAAUCGAAAUCUACGAGUUUGAGAGCUGCCCAUUCUGUCGCAAGGUUCGGGAAAUUGUGUCAAUAUUGGAUCUUGAUGUCUUGUUCUAUCCAUGUCCUAGAAAUGGCCCAAAUUUCCGUCCCAAAGUUUCUCAAAUGGGUGGGAAGCAGCAGUUCCCCUACAUGGUGGAUCCAAACACGGGCGUUUCUAUGUACGAAUCAGAUGACAUAAUUAAGUAUUUGGUCGGGAAAUACGGCAAUGGAAAUGUCCCGUUUCUUCUGUCACUCGGUUUGUUAACUACCUUGACAGAAGGAUUUGCCAUGAUGGGUCGAAUGGGGAAGGGUUCUUCCUACACUCCAUCAAAGCUCCCUCCAAAGCCGCUUGAGAUUUGGGCGUACGAGGCUUCACCGUUUUGCAAAGUUGUGCGCGAAGUGCUGGUGGAGUUAGAGCUACCUCACAUACAUCACAGCUGCGCACGAGGGAGCCCGAAAAGGCAAGCGCUGUAUGAGAGAGUUGGCCAUUUCCAGGUUCCUUACUUAGAAGAUCCAAACACAGGAAUUCAAAUGUUUGAGAGCGCUGAUAUUGUCGACUACCUAAGAGCCACUUACACUCUUUCAUCCUAGUGUGGAUUUCUAUCUUUUAAUUUUGAUUUUGUAGUAUCAUUUUACUUUUACAGCAACAAAUUUGGGGCUUCAAUUCAAUUGCAGUAAAAUGAAGGGUGGACUAAA